AUGGAUGGUGGGAGCUGGUAAGAAAAAGUCGAGGAUUUGUAAGUUGAUAGGAACUCAAACUCUUUGAAGAGCCAGUCAAUGUUGUGAAACAUGUCAACUUGUGAAAGUCUCUAUACACAUUCCAUUCGAGCAUCCAAACCAAAGUUUAUAGUCUGUCUACAUUAGUUUUUUGCUGUUGUGUAAUAAUUUGGAAUAAUGGUUGGGAAAAUUUAUCUCUCAAUCUCAUUGCUGGUUGUCUCGCUCCAAGUGUUGGAUACAGCAGCGUUGACGGAUAGCGGUGAUUGUAAGUAAUUUGCAAGUUCUUAUGAUAUGUGAAGUUGCGGGGCUGCAUGCUCUGAAAAGCAGCUGGAAAAACACGCCACCAAAUUGGGAAGGGCCUGAUCCUUGCGGAGAUGGUUGGGAAGGAAUUAGCUGCACUAACAAUCGCGUUGUGUCUAUUACAUUAGCCAACAUCAACUUAAGUGGCCAGCUAUCAUCAGACAUUGCCAAAUUAUCAGAGCUGCAGACACUGGAUUUGUCAUACAACAAAGGCAUGACCGGACCUCUUCCUCAAGCGAUAGGAAAUGUGAAGAAGUUGUCGAGCUUGAUACUCGUGGGCUGUGGAUUCUCUGGUCCAAUACCAUCCUCAAUAGGAUCUCUGCAGGAGCUGGUAUACCUGUCACUUAACUCAAACGGUUUUAUUGGAGAGAUACCUCCUACAAUUGGCAAGCUAUCAAAACUUUAUUGGCUGGAUUUAGCUGAUAACAGGCUUAGUGGAACGAUCCCCGUUUCUGAUGGAAACUCACCCGGCCUUGAUAUGCUUCUCGACACAAAGCACUUCCAUUUCGGAAAGAAUCAGUUAUCUGGUGAGAUACCCUCCCAGCUGUUCAACUCGAAUCUCACCCUUAUACAUUUGCUUCUUGAGAACAAUCUGCUUACUGGAGGCAUCCCAUCAACUCUGGGCCUUGUGAAGUCGCUGGAGGUUGUGCGACUCGACAGGAAUUCCUUAAGUGGGCCAGUUCCUGAAAAUCUCAACAAUCUCACCAAUGUGCAGGAGCUGUUCUUGGCAAAUAAUAAGCUUACUGGUGUUUUGCCCAACUUAACUAGCAUGAAUUCGCUCAACUAUGUUGACAUGAGCAAUAACUCGUUUGAUGCAACGGAUGUGCCUCCAUGGUUUUCAUCUCUGCAAUCCUUAACGUCACUGAUAAUGGAGAAGACACAGGUUCAAGGCCAACUUCCAGUUUCCAUGUUCGGCCUUUCCCAGCUGCAGACUGUCGCGUUGAAAAACAAUCGGAUCAAUGGCACCUUGAGCAUUGGUUCCAACCCCAGCAGCCAACUGCAGCAGAUUGAUUUGCAGAACAAUCUCAUUGAUGGCUUCACACAACAACGAGUCAGCCACAAUGUCCAAAUCGUGCUUGUGGGCAACCCGAUUUGUGAUGAAGGCAGAACCGAGAGCUACUGCAAGAUACCCGAGCAGUCUGACCCCACGUACUCAACGCCAUUAGAGAACUGUGCUCCUCUGCCUUGCACUUCAGAUAGAGUCUUCAGCCCCAGCUGCAAAUGUGCAUAUCCAUACACGGGGACACUCUUCUUCCGUGCUCCCUCCUUCUCCAACUAUGGGAACUCAAGCAUCUUCGCGUCUCUUCAGAAAAACAUGAAGGCCUCAUUUCAGUCUCAUGGUCUCCCUGUGGAUGCUGUCUCUCUCAGUAAUCCAACUAAGAACAUAGAUAACUACCUGCUGCUCAGCCUGCAGAUCUUCCCGUCUGGCCUAGACUAUUUCAAUCGGACAGGGAUCUCCGCGAUUGGAUUCAUGCUAAGCAACCAAACCUUCAAGCCACCAAAGGAAUAUGGUCCCUUUUACUUCAUUGGCAACAGUUAUCCUUAUUUUGCAGGACUGCAAGCUUCAUCAAAGAAGUCAACCGGGAUCAUCAUUGGAGCAGCGGCUGGUGGUAGCGUCCUAGUGCUGUUGUUGCUCGGGGCAGGAAUUUAUGCUAUCCGGCAGAGGAGAAGAGCUGAUACAGCUGACAAAAAGAAUGAUCCUUUUGCCUUGUGGGAUCCAAAUACGAAUAGCGGUGGAGUUCCUCAGCUGAAAGGAGCAAAGAGCUUCUCAUUUGAAGAACUUAAGAGAAUAACAAAUAACUUCUCAGAACUGAAUGAUGUUGGAAGUGGAGGAUAUGGAAAGGUAUAUAGAGGAACUUUACCAAAUGGACAACUAAUUGCCAUCAAAAGAGCUCAGCAAGGAUCCAUGCAAGGUGGCCUGGAGUUCAAAACUGAAAUCGAGCUUCUGUCAAGGGUUCAUCACAAGAAUGUUGUCGGUCUAGCAGGUUUCUGUUUCGAGCAAGGUGAACAAAUGCUGGUUUAUGAGUUCAUUGCAAAUGGCACGUUGAAGGAUAGUCUUUCAGGAAGAUCAGGAAUCAGAUUAGAUUGGAUGAGGAGACUGAAAAUAGCUCUUGGAGCAGCCAGAGGGAUUCAAUAUCUGCAUGACUUAGCGAACCCUCCAAUCAUUCACAGAGACAUAAAAUCAAACAAUAUCUUGUUGGACGAGAGACUGAAUGCUAAGGUGGCAGAUUUCGGCCUUUCUAAGCCUCUGAAUGAAUCUGAAAGAGGUCAUGUUACAACUCAAGUUAAAGGCACAAUGGGAUAUCUGGAUCCUGAAUACUACAUGACACAGCAACUGACAGAAAAGAGCGAUGUAUACAGCUUCGGAGUGCUGCUCUUGGAGCUUCUAACUUCAAGAAGCCCCAUUGAGAAGGGGAAAUACAUAGUGAGGGAAGUGAAGCAAGCCAUGGACACCAACAAAGAAAUGUAUAGCCUCGAGGGCAUUCUUGACCCCAUAGUAGCCUCAAGCCCGUCUCCCCGAAGCGUUGAAAGAUUCGUGGAUGUAGCUCUCAGGUGUGUUCAUGAAUCGGGAGACAGUAGGCCAACGAUGAGUGAGGUGGUUAAAGAGAUAGAGAACAUUAUGGAGGUUGCAGGUUAUAAUCCUAAUUCUGAAUCUGCCUCAACCUCAGCAAGUUAUGAUGCCCAAAGCAAAGGUUCUAACCAUCCAUAUAGUAAUCAAAGUCUCUUUGCUUACAGUGGAAAUUAUCCUCCUUCAAUGUUGGAACCUAAGUAGGCUUGCUCUAUAAUCCAAAUUCAAUGAUUUUCUGUACAAUUUUAACAAGAAUACAAGGCUUGCAUGCAUGUGAGUAUUUCAGCUUGUCGUUUGCAGCUGCGCAUGGUUUGUCUGAAAGAAUUGUUCAAAUUGUUGUGGGCAUUUUUUUUUUUGUUUGAUGAGUGAUUGCAGUUUUGCAGUAAUACAAUCAUUUAUUGUUUCAAUCAGAUUUAUAUUAUGUUCA